UUUAAAUUUUAGGGACUCAGAGCGGAAGUGGAACCCUUGUGAAGUUGUUGUUUAUAUUUCGGUGGACGCCUCCUGCACAAGUUUAAAUAACAUCGGUAGUUUGAAGAGUGUCGUCGUCUGCAUAUCAUGGAAUCGUCCAUGAGAGGAAGGGCCAAACGCAGGCACCUGGGGCCAUCUGAAUGUGAUGAUCUGGUGCAAAGCGGCUCAGGGAACCAGUCUCUCACACGACCAUUUAAUGUCAACCUCACCAACAGUAAUCCAAACCGAGGACUUCAGCCCAGGACACCUACCAAAAGAACCAGACAAGCUUCAGGUGGUGUGGACCAACAGAGGGGCAUUACCGAAUUCUUCUCUGUCACUGGAGUCAUAAGCACCAGCCCCCAAAAAGGUACCAAGACUCCAGUGAAGGAGGAGAAGGUGGAAGAGGAGGAACCCAUUGGACAUCUCAUCCCAGAGGAGGAUAAGAUGGAGGACUUUAUGGAAGGAAUCACUGAGGACAUGUUCGAUGAUGACUUUGAGUUUGAAAGUACAUUGGUCAAAAAAGAAGAAUUGGUGGAAAAAAUAAAAGAAGAGCACGAGGAGGACCUGGUUGAAGCCCUACCUGAUGCCCACUUUGGUCUUUUGGGAGUGCAGGGAGGACAGGAGGUGCCCCAGGGUCACAUCCAGGACCUGCCCGAGGAGAUCCUGAGGGAAGUGUUCGCUCACCUCCCAGCGGAUGAUCUCUAUCGACACAUCAGCCUGGUGUGCCAACGCUGGAGGGCCGUCGUCAUUGACCCCCAGUUUCUACCUUGGAAGAAGUUGUACUGCAGGUACCGUAAGCGAGAAAAAGAGGCACUGAAGGAGGUGAAGUCUAUCCUGAAUGAUAAUCAAAUUAUCAAAAAGGAGGAUCUCUGUCUUCUCAAUAUGGUGAGGUACAUGUCACAGUUCAAACACAGCAAACGGGUGAAUGUGAAAGACGUGUUGGAGUGUGUGAAAGCACAUCGACUCUACGCUCACGCUGAAGGCUGCAUCAAAGACAGACUCCCAGACAUGGCGGAUGAUGAGGGUCCGAACCCUUGGUCUGCCAUGGCCCUGAUGUUGAUUUUGGCUAACGGUGUGAAGGAUGUCUUGGAUCUGGUAGCUCUCUUGCGGAAGUCUGGGUGUCUGCUGACAGCAGGAGGAAUCUCUGAGUACCUGUGGGCCAUGGCGACUUUGCUCCUGGCCAUGAGAGAGAAUAAUAUUAACAUAAGCAACAGGUGGCAUUACAACAUCUACUAUGUGCUGCACUUAAUGGAGAAUGCGCCGCCUCCUCCGGGCUUGCAUGACAACAGACAGCUUACCACUCACGAGCAACAGCAGAUAAUCAACCAUGACAUCCAGAAUCAUCACGUUGUUAAAAUAAUGGCUUUUGCAGGCACUGGAAAAACGACCACACUCGUGAAGUACGCUCAGCAAAGACCACACAUGCGCUUCCUCUACCUGGCCUUCAACAAAUCCGUGGCGAUGCAAGCUCAGCGUUUAUUUCCGCACAACGUUGAAUGCAGUACCAUCCAUUCAAUGGCCUUCAGAGCUGUGGGAAUCAAGUAUAAAAAUGCGCGGAAACUAUCCAAUAAUUUGCAGCCGUUUGAUGUGGCGUGGGUCUUGCCUAAAGGACUCGGGGGAUUCGUCAAUGCUAAAGUGGUGACCCAAACCCUCCACAAUUUCUGGGCGUCCACAGACCAGGGGGUUGGCGCUCAACACGUUCCACCAGAGUACAAGAACACACACGGCAAAACAGAGUACCCAGAUGACCAACAAAGAAUGAGGUUUGCUUGUGUCGCGCAGGAUUUAUGGGCCCAAAUGGUAGAGCUGCAGUACAAAAGAGAGAGAGUGUACAACAUGACCCAUGAUGGAUACCUCAAACUCUGGCAGCUGACGAGACCAGAGCUGGACCGGUAUGAUGCCAUAUUUAUUGAUGAAGCUCAAGACUGCACACCAGUCAUCAUGGACAUUAUGCUCUCUCAGAGCUGUGGGAAAAUCCUGGUUGGAGAUCCUCAUCAACAGAUUUACACUUUCAGAGGAGCGGUCAAUGCUUUGCGCGCUGUUCCUCACACGCACAUCUACUAUCUCACACAGAGCUUCAGGUUUGGCUCUGAGAUUGCCUACGUUGGUGCUGCAAUUUUGGACAGCUGUAAAAAAGUGAAGAAGAUAUUGGUUGGUGGGAAUCAGGAGGGAUGUGUAAGAGGAGAAGACACACAAACCUUGCAAUGUCUGAAGAUGGGACAGAAGCUGCCAGAAGGGAGCGUGGCCAUUUUGAGCCGCUGUAACGUCACUGUUUUUAGCGAGGCUGUCCGACUCACAGACGUCAACCCCAGCUGCAAGAUCUACAUUGUGGGAGGUGUUGAAAACUUUGGACUGGAGAAAAUUAUGGAUCUCUGGGUCCUGAUGCAACCAGAGGACAAACGCAAGAAGGAGAGGCUCGUGAUCAAGGAUUUCUUCAUCCGAGGUUUCUGCAGAGAUAAGUUGGGUGGAUUCAUGGGUCUGAAAGGAUACGCCACGGCCUCAGAAGACCGCGAGCUGGAGGCCAAGGUAGCCGUGGUGGAAAAAUAUAACAAACGCAUUCCAGAGCUGGUUAAACGGAUCUACGAUCGCGCCCAGAAAAGCCCGCUGUACGCAGAUUUUAUCCUUGGUACGGUGCAUAAGUCAAAAGGCUUGGAGUUUGACACAGUGGUUGUGACAGAUGACUUCAUGAAAGUGCCAUGUGCUCGACACAACCUGCAGAGAGUGGGUGGUUUCAAUGCAGCAAACGUCCCAGAUGACGAGUGGAACCUGUUAUAUGUGGCGAUCACACGAGCCAAGAGAACGCUGUACAUCACCAAGACCAUCCGCAACAUCCUCACAUUCACUGGGGAGUAUUUCCUGAGGUCAGAGCUGACCAGCACUCUGCUCAGUAAAGAACCGUCUCUCGUCUGCUCCAUUGAAGACUGUCAGAACCACAUCACCGCAGACUCCGUCCUCAGCAUGUCCAGACUCCCCAUCCGAUAUAUGGACAGCGCGGACGCGGGCGGCGUUCUGUGUUUGACCUGUGUGGUGCAGCGCGUGGGACCUACAGCCUUCCUGCUCUCUCCUCCUGAACGGGUCAGAUCCAUGACCUAUACCAAUGAAAGAAUCGAGCUGCCCAUCAACGUCGCCAUGCUGUUAUCUUUACUUUAAACGCCAUCAUGUGCCUUUUUGUCUUUUGUGGUGCUUCUGUGAAGGUCACGUAUGUGGAUUAAUCUAGUCUGCAGCGGAUUUUUGUUUUUUACAUUUUUAGUUCUAUUUAUUUAAGAAUGUUCCGGAACCAUUUUAAUACUUCUAAAAAAAAAAAAAAAAAAAACAUUUUUGUUUUUCAUCUGAAAAUGUUCUCCCACAUUGUGACUUGCCCGUUUUGGGAUACAGUAAACAUUGACGUCACUGUUUUUAGGUGGAGAAUAAGCUUUAGGAGGGCCUCUUCAAGCCCUUGAUACCUACAGUAUUACAGCUGUUGUAAACAACACAAUAGCUGAUGAGGAACACUAAUGUUUAAGAUUGUGUUUAUUGUCCGUGUUUGUAACAUCAGUGAUUUGUGGGAAGAAAAAUAACCAUUCUUACAUGUAGUUUUACAUAACGACGGAUUGUGUAAUAAGACUAACUUAAGUUUUGCACUUUUAUUCUUUCACUGUGUGUUAUAUAUUCAUUGUCUAAUCUUGUUUUUGUUUCCCCAAAGAUUUUUUUUCAAAGAUCUUUGAAAAAGUAUGAUCAUAAUUUAUGUCAUCUUUAAUUAUUUUUUUUAUCAUUUGGAGAAAAAAAAAAUAUUUAUGUUGAAUAGUUUUCUAAAACAUAUUUUUUUUGUUUCAGAACACAUUUUUUUAUCAAAGUGACUUGUUUGAGAAUGUGUAAUCAUAUCUAUAUGUAUGUUGCUUUACUAAAUCUUGGGCAGAUCUGCUCAGAUCUCAA